AUGACUCGGGAACCCCUGUCUUGGCUCGCUCCGGACUCAUCGGUGGCCUCCGCCGACGAGGCAGACACCCUCGUGAGGCGGUUUGCCCUAUGGAGGGAUCCAUUGCAGCCGGGCUACAAUGUCCUGUCAGAUGAGGAGCGACGAGAAUUCUAUGCUCAAAUGACUUUUAAUGAUCACUUUCAGCAACUCACCCUUCUUGACCUGCACACCUCCUCUCCAGAUAUUGCUGUAUCCUACAUGCAUUGGGCUUCUUGGAAGAUCCAUAUUCGCUUUAAUAACCUUAAUAAGCCACACGAAACACAUUGGGAAGAGGUGGAGGAGCAGAAGAAGAAGAAGAAGAAGAAGAAGAUAUACUUAGCGAGGCAAGAUCACCGCCAGGAAGAGUACAAAUGGACAACGUUUCUCCCUCACGGAGAGUCUGCGGAGCUCCGUUGGAUAACGAAGCAUACACGGGGAAUGAGCCGCCGGAAUUUUACACUUCUAGACCAGAAGACCAAUGAGGCUCUCGCCGAAUUUAUUAGCGAUAAAAAUUUGCACAUGGGUGGCGUGUUGAGGAUAAAGAUACGUGAGAAUGGAUUCGGAUUCGAUCACUGUGGCCCUAAGAUUCUUAUGUCAUUCUUGGUCGUAUAUGAAACGCUGAGGAGGCGAUCCCAUCGCACUAUGUAUAGAUCUUCAAAGGGCAACACGAUGCAUCAAUUCUGUUACCGAACACUUGAAUUUCUGCUACGGCUUAAGGUAUCUAAACGGAGUUCGCUUUAUGCAACCACGCAAGAGUAG